AGUCCCGCCCGCCGUGUACUCCCGGUCGCCUCCUCCGCCGCCGCCGCCGCCGCCGCUGCCGUCGUUGUUGUUGUUGUGGUCGGUGCGCUGAGCUCCGCGGCUCUCCCCGGGCCGGCUGCGUCCCUUCCCCGCCGCCGCCGCCAUGAAGUGGAUGUUCAAGGAGGACCACUCGCUGGAACACAGAAUCGUGGAAUCCGCGAAGAUCCGAGCGAAGUACCCCGAUCGGGUUCCGGUGAUUGUGGAGAAGGUGUCGGGCUCUCAGAUUGUGGACAUUGACAAACGGAAGUAUCUGGUUCCAUCUGACAUUACUGUGGCUCAGUUCAUGUGGAUCAUCAGGAAAAGGAUCCAGCUUCCUUCGGAAAAGGCCAUCUUCCUGUUUGUGGAUAAGACAGUUCCACAGUCCAGCCUAACGAUGGGGCAGCUUUAUGAGAAGGAAAAAGAUGAAGAUGGCUUCUUGUACGUGGCCUACAGCGGAGAGAACACGUUCGGUGGCUUCUGAGAGCCCCGUUGGGCCGGACAGGGUGCCCCAACCCCGCCAUGCGUCAUGUAAAUAGCCGCCGCUUUGUUACCUUCCGGAACCUCUUCACAUAGACCUGUUAGCGAGUUUGUAACUGGAUUUAGUUCUUUAAUAUAUUAUUGGAAGGUUUUGUUUCCUUAGACUAGUAAAUUAUCAUACAGAGUUUUAUUUUGAGUUUUUCUCUUUUGUGCACUGUCCUCACGGCUGCCUUCCCCAGGACACUUGUCCCUCUGGGAGUCAGACCUAAUGAAGGGAUAUCCGUAUGGACGUGAGGUGGGUACAUUGUCACAGGGAGGGAGGGAGAGCGACAUGUAACGCUGGAUUAUGUUUGAAGUGUUAGAUGGCUGAGUAUUCAAAGCAUCCAAAUUAAAUCCUUUGCAAUCAGAAUACUUGCUUCACUAGAUUUUUGCCAACUGCCAAUCAUGUUGGACUGAACUAAUCUGUUCCUUUCUGAAACUAUUAAAGUAAAUAAUUAACAAUAAAAUUUCCUCUUAUAAAGGC